AUGAUGUCGACACAUGUCUCAGUAAUUGGUUUACACUGGAAAACGGAUGAGAUUCAAUUGCGAGAGGUAUUUUCACAAUAUGGAACACUUGAGGAUGCCCAGAUCUUAGCUCCUAAGCACUCGACCAUGCACUUAUGGGCGUCCCUAGUGUACUCGACGUUUGAUGAAGCACUGGAGGCUGUUACGGAGAUGAACGGUCAGGAACUGGACGGUCGGCUGCUGCGUGUGAGCAUUGUGGAUCCACCCACAGAGGAUGAGUCAGUAUCAGACUCAAUGACCAAGUAA